UGCUAAUUUUGUUAUGAAUGUGUCUACAGGUUGAGGAACUGCUAAAGGAGUUUGACAACGUUUGCACUUUGAGAGUAAGGAUGCCGAUAUCCUCAGAUCUUAACAACCCGCGGAACUUCAUCACCAAGAUCUCCAGGUACAACAAAGUAGUGAACAUCCCAAACAGCAUGACUGUGUUGGACGAGCUUUUACCAAUCUCCAUUGAGAUGGCUAAAAGAAACUUGAGAGGAAUCUGGAACUUCACAAACCCAGGUGUGGUGAGUCACAACGAGAUCCUAGAGAUGUACAGAGACUACAUCAACCCUGAAUUCAAAUGGGCAAACUUCACACUAGAGGAGCAAGCUAAAGUUAUCGUGGCUCCAAGAAGCAACAACGAGAUGGACGCUUCUAAGCUCAAGAAAGAAUUCCCUGAGCUACUCUCUAUUAAGGAGUCUCUGAUUAAGUAUGCAUUCGAGCCAAACAAGAAAACCUGAAGAGUGAAAGGAUUGUGAUUCAUCAUUAGAUUAAUCACCUCUAAUAUCAGUUUCUAUUAUAUUUGUUUUUGUGUUAUUGUUUAAUUGCCUUAUCCUUCCACUUCCUUCACUAGAUUUGCUUAUCCUUCACUAGAUUUGCUUUAUGUAAUAAGAGCUUGUUGUAAUAUUUCUCUAUUGUGUUCCUGUUCUCAUUUUUGUCAUAAGUUUCUUUUUUA